UUCACAUCUUAUUCCAUAGCGGCGCUGCUGUUUCUCGUCGCCAUCACACAUCAGGAUGGUAGCAGCGUCGUCAACUUCGCGGUCUAAGCCCGUGAAGCGGGUCAAGGGAGGAACAGAGACCACCAAGUCGCAUCGAUUCGAACCGUUUUCGCAGCGCGUCGCAAAGCUCAAGAUCGACCCCAUUCACCGCGUGCGCCGCCCCAGCUUUGGCGAAGAAGGCGAUGAAACCUCCUCUUACUUUCGGUCGGCCUUCGACCACUGGGUCGAACUGAACCUCUCCGAAAAUUUCGUACAGUUCGCCCGCCGAGUCAACCCGCUGUGCGAGAGUCUGGCGCAGAUCCUGUACCAUGAGGACAAGAUUAUGAACCUGCUGGUGGAAUUCAUCGAGAAGAGGGAUCAGUUAUCGAUAGAGCCGCUUCUGGGUCUGCUUGCCCAGUUCGCGCGUGAUUUGGGCGUCCGGUUCGAGAAGCACUUCGCCACGGCGGUUACCCUCAUCGCAUCCGUUGCUGCCACACAUACCGAUGUCGAGGUCGUUGAAUGGAGCUUCAGCUGCCUGGCAUGGAUCUUCAAGUUUCUUUCCCGGCUCUUGGUCCCGGACCUCAGACAGCUGCUAGGUAUCAUGACUCCUUAUCUCGGCAAAGAACGACAGAAGACGCAUGUCGCUCGAUUCGCCGCAGAGUCCAUGUCUUUCCUUAUCCGAAAGGCGGGCUUGGUCUAUUACAAGAACACCACGCCCCUACAACGUGCGGUAUCAUUUUUGCUGCAAGAUUUGCGCCAGGCAGCCGGAGACGACAAGAAUGUCGACACUUACAAGGAUGGACUUAUGGCCAUGUUCUCCGACGCCAUCAAGGGUGUCAAGAAUGGCCUCCACUCCAACGGAACAGAUAUCUUGGUUUGCAUUCUGGAAAAUAUCUGCACUGGAGAUGACCUUCAGAGUAGCCUGGCGCUAGACGUCACUUGCGGAUUGCUCAUCAACAUAAUGCAUAAUACGACAGCCGAAACUUAUGAACCCCUCUUGGACACCAUCCGCUCAUACAUCGAGUCAUCGUGCGCAAAGACCGACAAGCAACAUGCGAAUGCAUGCUGUCGACUGAUCUUCCAAUGCAUUGCCACUCGCAAAGGUUCCCGAGUGAAGCACUGGAAGCCUGUGCACAACAUUCUACUGCGCUUGUUGAAAAAGGCCGCAGAUGCGCCUGGAGCAUAUGCCGAAGCCGCUCCGCAGCUCCUGACGGCUGUCGCUUAUGCACUCCAAGUCUCGCCCAUGGAUGAGAUGCUGCCGUACAUGCGCUCACUUAUGGAUGCCGUGACCAACGACAAACUAUCGUCUUUCUUCUUGCCGUUCUGUGCUACUUUCUCGGAGUGGGGUCCGGAGAGAUUCCAUAGCGUGGUCCUGCCUUACUUCCAGAAAUUCGUCAAUACCUUGUGGCAGGAGCAUGAACACGAGCUCUGCCUUGCCUUAUUACGAUUGAAUCAGGCCGGUUGUAUCACGUCGGAAGCCUCGAAGCCCGGGUACAUCACCUGCCCUGCAUCAUGGAAAUCCCGCGUCAAGGAUACGCUGAGCAAGCCCACCCACAGCGCUACCGAAUUAACUCUCGUCAACGCCUAUUCCAAACUCCCAAACGCCAUGUCCUUGUCCACAGAACCGUCUUUGUUGCCUGAUAUUGUUGAGGCCUUGCACGGCCAUCUGCUUCGCACCCUGAGGAAGAACAAGAAGAACGCUGAUACGUCUGCGUCUACCAAUUUCUACCUGGGUCAGGGCUUCAAGGCAUAUGUUGAGCUUGCUUUACAGUCUGAGAACCUCGACCGCUCUCUUUGGGAUCAGAUCAGUGCGGUCGCCGCGAAAUACUCUCGCCUUCCAGUCUUCCUCGAAGCGACGUUAGCCUACAUCUCGGCACUAAAUGAGGACUUCGACAUCAAAAGCCCGACGGUGGAGGAGUUCGCCGAAGUGCUUAUCACUAACCUCAAUGGACCUUCUCAGAAUCUCAGGUUGUUGUCAUUGAAGAUAUUGCGGGAAUUGAUUCAGGCUUCGGGCGACGAUACCGAGCUGAUCUCGGUGGCUAUUGAGAUUGAGGAGAGUCCUUUAACCCUUCAUAGUCAUAGAGUCCUGGCAAUGCAAGUGCGUAAGCUUGCCAUAGCUUACCCACAAGUUGUUCCCCGCAGAUGGAUGGCUAGGUUGAUCCCAUACUUCUGCUUCGGUCUCUUUUCUAAGAAAAUGACUCCGUUGUGGGACGACUCUGCGGCAGCCUUGAAAACAAUGAGCGAGCACCCUGAGGGAGAGAAGAUUGUUUCAGAUCUCGCCAUGAAAUGGCUCCUCGAGCGAGGCUCAUUCGAUGCGAGUACAGAGGGAGCAGAGGAAGAAAGCCCUUACUAUCGGUCAGGCUAUUUCCAGUGCUUCAACGCGGCCAAAAUUCAAGACAUAUCCGCUAAAUACUUUGAAGGGCCUGAGCAGCCCGAUUCUAUGUUGGAGGAUGAAUACAACAAAGAUCACACUUUCACGGAUGCACUCCCAGCUUCUCCCCGGACCCAUGCUUUGCGUGUCCUGAAUGCCGUCCCGAAUAUCGCAGAGAAGCGUUUCCGCCAAAUUGCGCCUUUGUUCCUUCAGUGGGCUUCGCGCGAUGACGACGAAAACCCCUCAGAUGAAGGUUUCAUCCCUUGGGGAUUCCUUGAUCGUCUGGCCUUCCUCAGGCUUCUGGGUCAAUUCCUUAAUCCUCGUGUUCUAUACAGGGCUCCUGAGAUCCAUGACGCGCUUAUGGGCUUGUUAUGCCACGGUAACUCUGACAUCCAGAAAUCCGCGCUCAAAGCUCUCUUUACUUGGAAGUCACCGAGUAUCAAUCCUUACCAAGAAAACCUGAUGAAUAUCAUGGAUGAAAACCGCUUUAGGGAUGAGCUUUCUGUUUUCGUCCGUGUCGGCGGUGAAGACAGCCUGAUUGAGGAAGCGCACCGACCCGAUCUCGUCCCUGUUCUCCUCCGUGUGCUGUAUGGUCGUAUGAUUUCAAAGGCCAGCGCGAGCGCCGGGCAAGCAAGUCAAACAGGAAGGAGAAAGGCCAUUCUGAGAACCUUGUCACAGCUACCUGACAAGGAGUUUGAGGUCUUUAUGCAAGUCUCAUUCGGACCACUUGGUGAUGUCAGUGUUGUUCGCGAUGGCCAAGCCGAUGAGCAGGCUUUCGAGCAAGCCCUUGCGAGUCCGAGAAAACAAAUGGGUCUUCUGAAGAUGAUUGAGACUGUUUUCGAUACGCUUCAAAACCGAAUGGUCCCUUACGCUGAGAGAUCCAUGAACGUAGUACUGUACUGUCUCGUCCGGGCAUGUCGAGAACUAGAGAAACAGCACACGACAGCAGAUGCAGACUCGCAAGAAGGACGACAGCUCACAGUGCUGCGCAAUAUUCGCUAUACGUGUAUUCGCUGUCUUGACCUCAUCUUCUCCAUCACUCUCGAUGUUGACUGGUCGUCUUACGUCCGCAUCAUUUUCGAUGAAGUAAUUAAUCCAAGAUUGGAAGACUUCGCGAUUGAAACUGCGCAAGGUGUGUCUGGUCUUCUCAAAAUCUUCCACACUUGGGCUACUGCACCGAAAUCGUCAUUUUAUCUCGCCAAGUUCAACGAUGCCCUUUUGACGAAGGUGGUGGAUUGUCUUGGUGUCGACUCCGCACGCGAUGAAGUGAAGGUCUUUGUAAUGGACGAGGUAUUGAACCCUCUUAUCGGUCUGGCUACCGGAAAGACGCUUCAGGAAAACGAGAUCAUGAGCGAUAUCCCCGCGGACGAAAUCAGAUCCCAGGUCUUGAGUCCUUAUAUUGAGCAUACUCUGUCUCACCUGACUUCACUCUUGAAGCGUGGCCCCUCUCGUCCGUUGCUCGUUUCGGGAGUCCAAACUCUUUCCCUCAUCUCGCCUUGUGUUGAAUCUUCCAAGGAAACAUCCAGCCUCAUCAGCAUUACUACCUAUCUACUCCGCCAGCCCCCCGACAGAGUCUCCCCCAAAACCAAAUCUGGCUUGCUGCGUUCCUUGGAGCAUUUCCUGCCAUUGUACAACCACCAGGAAGAUGCUGAGCUCACUACAGGCGUAUUUGAAGCCAUCUCGUCGCUCUUUGAUUAUUUCAGAGAUAAUGCGAACAGAGAAGUGUUAUCUAGGGUCUUCACAGCGUUUGCCACCCACGAUCCGGAGCUCACCAAGGUCGCCAGUCUCUGUGAAGACCUGAACUCUAUCUCUACAAAGAAGCUGGAAGUUGACUACGAACGCCGACUGCAAGCUUUCAGGGAAGUCAACGAGGAUCUGUGGGACAAGCUGGAUGCUAAGCAGUGGCGCCCUCUGCUCUACAACAUGCUGUAUCAAGUCAAAGACGAGGAAGAACUCGCGAUCAGAUCGAGCGCUUCUUUUGGACUAAGACGAUUCAUGGAACGAGCCAUUCUUCCCAGCGAUAAGGACGAAAUCGAAUCGCUUGUGACGGACAUCUUGUUCCCUGCUUUGCAGGCCGGUGUUCGCCAGAAGUCAGAGCUCAUCCGCGCGGAGUUUGUGUCUGCACUCGGCUACUUCAUCAAGCUGAACCCAGAGCGUCCGACCGUGAAGGACAUGCAUGUCUUGCUCGUGGGUGACGACGAAGAAGCCUCCUUCUUCAACAAUGUACUGCAUAUUCAACAGCAUCGUCGUUUGCGUGCGCUACGCCGUCUGGCGAGCGAAGCAGCCAAUGGCAAACUCCAGGCGUCCAACAUCAGCACCAUCUUCAUUCCUCUCAAUGAACACUUUGUGUUUGAUGAAGAGGCUGACGAGACCGCUCACAAUUUGGUUGCGGAGGCUGUGAAUACCAUCGGCACUCUUGCAGAAUCCUUGGAAUGGAGCCAGUUCCGCGCCAUCUUCCGGAGGUAUCGCGGUUAUAUGCAAAGCAAGUCCGAGAUGGAGAAGAGCAUUUUGAGACUUUUGGGCAAGAUGUCUGACUCGUUGACCAAUGCAAUGAACCAGUAUAAGGCCAUCAAGGAAGCAGCUCAAAGUGGAAUGGACGGUCUCGAGACUUCGGAACCGACCUCCACCCUUGCUCGAACCCUCCCCUCGCCUGCAAAGGUUGCCACUGAGCUUACCACCAACUUUAUCCCGCAGUUGACCACUUUCAUCCACCACAAGGAUGAGGCGCAGAUGAGUCUACGUUUGCCAGCUGCGAUCACGACAAUCAAGUUACUCAAGUUGCUGCCCGAGGAGGAUAUGGCUAUUCGCUUGCCUCCAGUGCUUCUCGAUGUGUGCAGUAUCCUCAAGAGUAAGGCCCAAGACUCGCGUGAUACUGCUAGGAAGACACUCAACGAGAUUGCUCUCCUCCUGGGUCCUGCUUACUUUGGCUACAUCCUCAAGGAGCUGCGCUCCACUUUGACCAAGGGCUACCAACGUCACGUGCUCUCAUUCACUGUGCACUCUAUACUCGUUGCGACAACGGAUGAAUUCAAGCAGGGUGACCUGGAUUACUGUCUGACAGACCUGAGCUCGGUUAUCAUGGAUGACACGUUUGGCGCCGUGGGCCAGGAAAAGGAAGCCGAAGAGUAUGUGAGCAAGAUGACGGAAGUCAAGAGCAGCAAGAGCUACGAUUCAAUGGAACUGCUGGCGAAGAAUGCUACUAUUCCCAACCUUGCCAGGCUGCUCCGGCCACUGCAGUCGCUUCUGCUGGAGAAGCUCAACUCAAACAUUGUCAGGAAGGUUGACGAGUUGCUGAGACGUAUCGGCGUGGGCUUACUGAGGAACCCUGGGGUGGCAAGCCGCGACAUCUUGAUGUUCUGCUACGAAAUCAUCAAGGAAACGUACAAGGGACCGGCCCAAGCCGAGUCCACCACUGCUAAGACAGCGCAGGAAGAGAACCUGUUGAUUGACCUUAAGUUUCACAAACGAAGCGACAAGAAAGGAAGCACGACAUCCUAUCUUUACAAGUUGACGCGCUUCUCUCUCGACAUCCUCCGUUCCGUACUGAGCAAAUUCAAUUUCCUGCUCACUCCUGGAAAUCUGGCUGGGUUCGUCCCUAUCAUCGGCGAUUCGCUUGUUCAGGCACAUGAGGAAGUCAAGACUUCGGCUCUCCGCUUGUUGUCGGCAAUCAUCAAGCUCCCUCUACCGGAGAUCGAUGCCAACCAUCAUGUCUACAUCACAGAAGCGGUCAAGGUCAUCAAGGAGGCACCGAGCACCAACACGGAAGCCGCGCAAGCGUCCCUGAAAUUGAUUUCGGCUAUGCUGCGAGAGCGCAAGAGCACCAAGAUUCGAGACGGCCACCUUGCCUAUCUCCUUCAGCGUCUCACCGCAGAUAUUGAGGAGCCUGACCGUCAAGGUGUGACCUUCAACUUCAUCCGCGCGGUAAUGUCUCGGAAGUUUGUUGUGCCUGAGAUGUACGAAUUGGCUGAUAGCAUUGCCACCAUGAUGGUCACCAAUCAGACUCGCGCCGCUCGUGACCUAGCGCGCGGCGUGUACAUCCACUUUUUGCUUGAGUAUCCGCAGGCCAAGAGCAGGUGGACCAAGCAGCUUAGUUUCUUGGCUAAGAACCUGGAAUACAAGCAUCAAGACGGGCGUCAGUCAGUCAUGGAGGCCAUUCACACGCUGCUGUCUAAGACGGGCGACGAGUUGGCCCAGGACAUUGUUAGCACAUUCUUCCUGCCCAUUGUCAUUGUGAUGUCGAACGAUGAUGCUCCCGAAUGCAGGGAGAUGGCCGGUGCCUUGCUGGGCGAGUUGUACUCCCGAGCCGACAGGGAACAGAUCAAGACCAUGCUUACGCCUCUACAUUCUUGGCUGGAGCAGACGGAGAACCUGCUCCUGAACAGCACUGGUUUGCAGGCCAUGAGAAUCUACUUCGAAGUUGACGCAACAGAGAAAGAUAAGGAGGCUCGAUUCGUGCUGGAUAUCUUGCCGUCCAUCAUGCAGCCUGUCCUCAACGCUGAAGACAACGAGAAUUGGCAGACUCUUUACUUCGCUCUUCAGCUUUUCUCGAAGCUCUGCAAGACCGUGCCCGCCAUGGCGCUCUCCCCGGAACGUGCGUCGAUCUGGGCUGCCGUCCGCGAGAGUCUUUUCUAUACCCAUGCGUGGGUCAAGACUUGCGCGUCGAAUCUGGUUGGCACCUGGUUCGCAGACCUCGCGCGCUUCAAUGCCACCAAUGGUUACGCUUCCAUCCCGCUGGCUGGUUCCACGGGGUUGUCUCUCGACAAGGAUGCCAUGUUGCAGCUGAUCCGCGCCAGCUUGCGCUGCCUCCGCACUCCGGCGGUCAGCGAGGAGCUCGCCAUGCAAUCCGUGCGCAACCUCAUUUUCCUGGGUCGGUGCAGUGCUCAGAACGGGUUGGAAUUCACUAGGGCAGGCGGUGAGGACGCCGAGCUGGACGCCAGUGACAGCGAGAACGACGACAACGACGAGGAAACUGAGCAGUCGGCUCGACCAUCGAAGCCCGCUAUCCGGUACAUCUUCGAGCAGACAUCCUCCAUCCUCCGCCGCGAACUCAUCACCACCCGAGCAGAGUCCCUGGUCCCCAAGAGCGCUGCCAUCGGUCUUUUCGCUUCUCUGUGCCGCCACCUCGAGGUUGAGCAGAUUACCGACUCGCUGCCCGUCAUCCUGCUCCCUCUGCAGCACAUGACGGACAACACCAUCCCGGCGCCCCGCUCCUCGGACGAGGUGUUCCGCGAGUCGUACAAGUCCCUCGUGUCCAACUGCCACGAGGUGCUUGACAUCCUCCAGAAGAAGCUCGGCACCACCGAGUUCAUCAAGCAGAUGGCGCUCGUCCAGGAUGCGAUUAAGGAGCGACGUGAGGGGAGACGGGUCAAGCGGCGCAUCGAAGCGGUCGCCGAGCCCGAGCGCUACGAGAAGGACAAGAGGAGGAGGAAUGACCGUAAGCGCGAGAAGCGCAAGGAGAAGGGAGCCGAGCACCGCGGCAAGAGACGUGGUUGGUAGUGGGGAUAUGUCUAUUUGAAGCUUUUUUUACUUCUCUUCUUUUCCUGGAGCUGCCACAUAAAAGUCAGGCGUUGAGGAGAGAAUAGGAGAUUUUCUUUGUCUAUUACAUCCAAUCAACUUUCUCUUUUCUCUUCAUCUCAAGAGUCCACCCAAGCAUAUCUAUCUU